AGAGAAGCCGGAUACGGACGCCAGGCCUGGCCUCGUGUCCUGUUUUGGUUGGGUGGGCGACUGGGAGCAACAGCAACAGCAACAACAGCAGCAACCAAUCGUGGAAUUGGUGAAGACGAUUCCCGUCCAUUCUGUCUCAAGCAAAGUGGCCUGAACCAGCAUUCGGUACAGCCGCGCUGCGAUCCUUUCUCCUUUUGGCAGAAGAGACGAUUUCACAAUCGUGUACCCACACGACCGGAACUGGCCGAGCUUCGGAUUGGUACAACCAACCGUCUGUGA